AUGAGGCACGUCGCUUUUCUCCUCCUGCUCGUCUUCACAGCUGGGGCGCCCUCUGAGAAAGUGUGCAGUUACCAGGACAUUCUGGACUACCUGAAACUGACCCCAGAUAACACUGUGUAUAAACUAACCCGGCCCGUCCUGGACCACACACAGAUCACCACAGUAGAGCUGGACAUCAUCCUGUACAACAUCCUGGCUGUGACUGAGAAAACACAAACCUUCAUUCCCUUCAUCUGGGCAACAAUGAUAUGGAAAAAUGAACGCAUCUCAUGGGACCCUUCUCAGUUUUGUGGAAUCACCAAUAUUUCAGUUCCCAGAGACAUGCUCUGGAGACCAGACCUCUUCAUCUACGAGAUGAUACAGAAAGACGACUCCCCACUGAACCCCUACAUGUACCUGUCCAACGAUGGGACGGUCACUUCUGAAGAGGACAUGAAGGUGGUUAGCACCUGUAGGAUGGACGUCCACAAAUUCCCCUUUGACACACAGAGAUGCAACAUCACUAUUGGAUCUGCAAUGUACUGUGUUGAUCAAAUGCGUCUACUUCCGUUCUCCAAUUCCUCCCGAGCCACAAAGUUUUCCCGAGAGGUGAUGAGGACGCAGGGGGAGUGGGAGUUCCUCCAUCUCGCCAUCACCAGCACCAAUUUCACCUUCCAUGACAGACACUGGGAACAGCUCAUAUACACUUUCACCAUGAGGAGGAGGCCCCUCCUACAUGUCAUCAACUUCCUCUUACCCGUCCUGUUCUUCCUGGUCCUGGACCUGGCCUCCUUCUUCAUCUCAGACCAUCGAGGAGAGAAGCUGGGCUUCAAAGUCACCGUGCUGCUGGCCAUCUCUGUACUGCUGCUCAUACUGAAUGACAUCCUGCCCGCCAUGUCCAACAAGACUCCACUCAUAGCGACCUACUGCAUUGUGAUUUUUGCCCUGAUGCUGCUCAGUCUGCUGGAGACCAUCUUGGUUACGUAUCUUAUGGAGAAGGAAGCUGCAUCCCAGCGGAAGCUUAGGCUGAGGGGCGACUGCAAGGACAAACUGCAAAAACUCAAAAAUGAUAACGAGAAGAAAAGAAAGGCCUGCUGUUCAUGCAUCUGUAAAGUGUCUGACGGUGAUAAACAGCAUGAACUGCUGCCCGUGGCUACAGAGAUUAAAAGCAGCAUUCAGUCAGGAGAGUCUCAUGUGUUGCUGCUGAUCCUGGAGGAGCUGAAGGGGCUACAGAGAACUCUGGAACUGCACCUGGGCUGCGGGGAGGAACAAGGGAAGUCCUACCAAUGGGCCACGAGAAUCAACAAAGCCUUCUUCAUUUUCUACAUCACCACUGUGUCAGUGUUUCUACUGUUCAUCUUCAUAGAAUGGAACAAUUAGAACAAUACCAUGCUAUGCCUCGGUCUCUGUAGCUCAGUGUCGCUUGCUGCUUGUAAAAGCAUAUGUUCUGUAUCUACGGCAUCUUACUGUAUGUCUGUGAAGUUGUAGAAGAGGUUAAUUUCACACACAGAUACCAGGAUUAAGUGAAAACAAAAAAUUGAGAUUGAAGAAAGAUAAAAGAAAAACAAUGACUUCUUUAUACUUAUGGAAAAUGUGAAUUCAUGAUCACUUAGUUGGCUGAAAUA